CUGGAUACUUAGGUACAUAGGUAGGCACUUGGUGCACUUUCAACGUGUGCAGUUUUGUGGUGUGGUACCACAGAAGGAAAGGCCAGACCAGGCCGGGGAGCCUUACCGCUGGGUGGCUUGCCCUGUUUCAUCCCGUGUAGAUAGGUACGGGGACAGUAUAGAGUCUACCUCCUAUUAUUGCACCUUUGUGAUUGGUUGUUCCCGUCAACCCUUGUCAAUCUACCCGCUCCCUUUCCUCACCGGAUCUAUGCCUAAGAUGAGGCUCUGCCUCCUUUCUCAAUGUGGUUGGUCCAACCCUAUAUUUGGAUAUGUCCUGCAAGUAUUGAGCGGCCCCGGCGUGGAAAUACCAGCGAAUCAUAGGUGGGAUUGGAUAACCAAGUGGUGAAAGCCAAUAUUGUAGUUCUCGAAAAAUGCCGUUUUAAGUAUGAGGGUACUCGCAGCAUAUGUGGUGUUUUAACAACACGGGCGACAAUGGACGUCGAUUAGGCGGCCCAAUACCCCCUUGAGGCUGCUCGACGAUUGCGGCGCUAAUGUCGAAUUCUAUAAAGUGUAAACAGCGCCCUUGUUUGAGCCAUCUUCUUUGCAAAAUCCAAAAUGUACAUGUUUGUUUCUUCUAGAUGUCUUCAACCGAUUCCCAAUUCAUGAGUAUUAUCAAACCAAGAUCAACUCACUGUUACGAAAAACAUACCUACCUGGGUACUUAGGAAAUACAAGUCGCAAGAUGCCCUCGAACCAUGCUAGCCGUAGAAACUUUCGUCGCGACCGGAGCCCCCUUGGGCGUCGUAACUCCGUAGGCCACUCUCGCCAUAAUUGCGACGAUUACCGACACCCACCACGGCGCACACCCUACCAAACACCACCGCAAUCUCCUGAACCUGGACGUUCCCGGCGGCCCCGGCGGCAUGGUUACCAAGCUCCAGCGCUAAGCGUAUCGAUGCAAAACACGCCGAUGGCAGGUACAUUUCAGCAGACCAUGACCGUCACAUUGACUCCCCCUCCAUCUACCGCAUCCUCUGUACCUUCUAAUUUUCCUCUUUCCUCCUCGGGCAGACGUCGCGUAUACCAAGAACCUCUCCUCUUCACUGAGGAACAAAUCCUGCACCGGAUAUACACCGAGCUCUGCCCAGCCAACAAGUCCGUCCUAGAUAUAAUUCAUCGUGAAUUUGGCAUCCCACCCGACAAGACCCUAAACUAUCAGCUCAGCGCUGUAGAUCUCGAUCCCGAUACUCGAUACAGUACCUGGCGUUCAGGCAAAUGGCGUCUAUGGAACGAGACUCGUGGUGCCGCACUUAUCCUCGCGCCAACUUUACAUGCCUACGUACCCCGAACGCGAAGCAAUGUACACAACUCCGGAUUAUCCGAUCGUGCUUAUGCCGACGCAGCUAUGCGUGUGUUAGGAGCCCUCAAGCCCAAUGGUCCGAGUCAUUUACACGGGAUCCCAUUCCCCACUUUCGGAGAACUAACGCACUGCUCUAUCAAAUUCCGGGAUGAAUACUCGGGUGAGACACAUGCGAUGAAUCCGAUUUCUCUAGUAUAUCUGCCAUACCGGGAUCCGCAUGGCUUCACCUUGUACGAGCGCUGUUUCACGGAAGCACCGGGGGCGAAGGCACAGUUGGCUAGGUGGGCGGCUCAGUGGGGUGUCAACUUGAGAGCUAUCGUAGGUGAUAGAGCGUUUGUAACGGAAGGGUAUGCGAAUGUGUAAUAAGCCUGAGUUUAUGACGGAUUAUGACUGACAAAGGAAAGGAAGGAUACAUCGC